UGAUAGCAAACGCGGCAGCACGCCCAGCCAGAAACGGCCGAGACUCGGCCACCGUCAGGACCAUAGACCAGCAGAGCAGAGCCCCACCGCCGCCAUGGACUGCGACAUCUGCCUCGAGGACUACAACCAGGUGGAGCGCGUGCCCAAGAUAAUGCCGUGCGGGCACACCGUGUGUCUGCGGUGCCUCCAGCGGAGUGACAGGAAGGAGUGCCCGACGUGCCGCAGGGAGUUCGAGGUCGCCCCGGAUGCACUCAUCAUCAACUUUGCUCUCCUGGGGCUGCAUGAGCGACCAGACAGGCCGUCCCGCGGCUGGUGCUCGGACUGCCGCGCCUCCGCCGCGGCCCGCUGCUGGGGUGAGGAGCACGACGUUCUGCCCGAGAGGAGGGCCCUGAGGCGCCACCUGCAGAACGCGCUGCAGCAGGCGCCUGGGCAGCUGGUAGACCUGCAAGACCACUGCCAGGGAGAGCAGGUCGUCCAGGCCCUCACCCUGCUCACUGCAGAGUCCUGCAGCUUGACCCUCAAGGCCGGCAGCCACGAGCUGACGGGAAACGUGGGGAACACGGAGGACCCCCUCACCCAGCUCAUGUGGCUGCUGGUGGCCGCGAAGGCCGGCCUCACCAAGAGCCGGGCUGAAGCGCCGGGUCCCCCACCUGCCGCCGCGAGUCCCCCGCCCACAGCCCCAGGCCCAGCACCUCCAGAGGCGCGGCCGGUGCGGGAGAUGGAUGUGGAGUAUGUCAGCUACACCGGACCCAGUGAGCGGCAGCACGACAAGGCGGCCCUCCUCGCAGCAGCGCCGGGGGUGACCCGGCUGGUCAAGGUGUGGUGCCACAUGGACCCCGCCUGGAGCCUCCAGCUGCUGCAGCGCGCCGCGCCCUCGCUGGAGCGGCUGAGUGUGAUGUCCCCCCGCGAGGCCCACCUGCGCGCGGCGCACGCCAUGCCGCGGCUGAGGAGGCUGGACGUGUAUGGUGAUGAUGCCCUGCGCGCCCAGCCCCCCGAGCUGCCCGCGCUGCCGCCGGGACACGCCGGCCUGCAGUGGCUCAGGGUGCACUACCUCCCCCGCGCCACGACACAGUCCCUGCUGCGGGCGCACGGCGGCACGCUGGAGGAGCUGGUGCUGGUGGUGGGCACGGCGGGGGAUGAACUGUGGCCAAGGAGCUGCGGCGACCUGCACUCACUGCUGCAGCAGAGCGGGCUGCGGGCGCUCAGGAGGCUCGUGCUGGUGAGGUCGGGGAGCUAUGGCUACAGCCACGAGGCAGCCGCCUGCAGGGAGCAGCGCGCCGAGGUGCGGCGGGUGCUGCCCGGGGCCGAGGUGCUGUGCGACACGUGUGACAGCGUGGGGCAGGAAGAGGUCUAGCGGCGUUGCAGUUCCACCGCUGCAAAAUGGAGCUUAAAGAAGGAAGGCCGGAGGCGCGACAUGAGUACCUACAGGUGAUGAAUGGAUUCAGAAGACCUCAAUGAAAAACAUUUUGAGUUAAUCUUGUCAGACAGUCCCCAGUGCACAGAAGGAGACGUGUUCUUCGGAAAAUACAACUCCACACUGAACUAGAAAAUAAAUAAUAGCAAUGAUUA